GCGAAACAACGAACACGAUGAAGCCGACUAUUGCAACGAUGAUUCUGCUGGGAUGUGCUCUUUGCCUCACGAGAGGACAGAGGCGUUCGGGACCGGGAGUCGUUACGCCGUUGGGACUAAUCAUAGGGCGCUACAGUAUUUCGAGUGGAAACCGUUCGUACGCAGCUUACGAAGGUGUACCUUACGCCGAGCCGCCGAUGGGAGAGUUAAGGUUCAAGGUCGCAAGACCCGUCUCGCCGUGGCUGGACGCCUUGAUCGCGAAUCGAGUCAGUUCGACUUGCAUGCAAUACAGUCUCAUGACACAACUGAUGGGUCCAAGCGGAAUGACCCAAUCGGAGGAUUGUCUGUACCUCAACAUCUACACCCCGGUUAUGAAAUCCACGAAAGCAAGCAAGCGGCUACCCGUGAUAUUCUUCAUUCCCGGAGGCGCGUUUAGAUCCGGAAGCGGCGGCAUGUACGGACCCCAAUACUUGCUUGACAGAGACGUCGUGCUGGUCACGAUUAAUUACAGACUUGGACCACUGGGAUUCCUCAGUACGGAGGACGACACGGUGCCCGGGAACCUCGGACUCAAGGAUCAAGUAGCCGCGCUUCGAUGGGUCCAGGAUUACAUCGAGUACUUCGGCGGGGAUCGAAAAAGCGUAACGAUCGUUGGGCAAAGCGCGGGAGGUGUCAGCGUCCAGUAUCACUACCUGACGAACGUCACCAAAGGCUUGUUUCACAGAGGAAUUUCGAUAAGCGGUACUGCUUUGAACAGCUGGGGUCAGACCAAGGGGUCUCUGGAGAAGGCCAAGAAGUUAGCCACGAUAUUAAAAUGUCCAGAUAACGACGUCAAAGUCAUGGUGAAAUGUCUGAGAACACGAAAGGCGAGCGACAUCGUCAAUGCAACGAGCCAAUUUCAGGGAUGGUUGGACAACCCCUUCGUUCCUUUCGGUCCGGUGGUUGAAAAGGGGGUCGCGGAUGACGAAUUUACUUUCAUCGAUCGUCCGCCCAUCGAAUCACUCAAGUCCAAGAGAGUUCAGGAUCUACCCUGGAUCACGGGCGUCGUUAGCGAAGAUGGCCUCUUUCCGGCAGCCCUGCUUACGGCAAACAAAAUGCAGCUAAAGGAUCUGAAUGACAAAUGGGAAACGAUCGCGCCUUAUUUACUGGAUUUCAAUUACACCGUUCCAACGGCUGACCAAGCCCAGGUCUCUAAGUCGAUACGGAGACAUUACUUCGAAGACGAAGAGAUCAGCAAUUUGACAUUCCGCAGGAUCAUAAAAAUGCGCAGCGAUCGUUUGUACUUCUACCACGCCGCGGAAGCUGCGGAAUUACAAGCACGAGUUACAAAAAGCCCCGUCCUGUUUUACUACUUCUCAUACAGAGGAGAGCACAGCGUAACCGAAGCUCUCACCGGCAAACAAACGAACUUUGGAGUCAGCCACCUCGAUGAUUUGGGAUACGUGCUGUACACAUUUUUCAACGCAACGACAACGCCCAAUGACCGAAACAUGCAAAAGAGGCUGAUCGAUUUGUGGAUGUCUUUCGCAACUAACGGCACGCCCAAGGUAGGACAGCAUUGGGAUAGAGUGGAAAGCGACGCGGAGGCGCUACGUUACCUUCACAUCGCAAAGCACGACGAUCUUUACAUGGCCGGACACGCAAACUUUGGUGAGAGGCAAUUUUGGCACUCUCUCGGGUUUCAGGAGAAUCACGAUUCGAAGCUAUGGAUUCCUCAGAACGAGUAUUACAAUUAUCUUCUCAACGGCCAAUCGCUAAAGGAUGUGAUCGAUAUCGUGUUCAACGACGUAUAAGGAUUUACUUUUAGCCAAAAAUUUUUAAUGACGAUUAAAUGUACCUGCUGUUUUCGUCGCGUCGUUUGUGAGAAUUUGAAAAUAAUAUUUAAACGAGUAUUUAUACAGGUAUACGUAACGUAGCUAAAUUAUUUCAUGUUUAUUGGUGUUUCAAGAAACUUAUCGAUACAAAUGUCUAAAUAUGGAAAGCAGGGAAGUUUCCUGUGUACUUCAACUGAUUAGUACAUGAGAAAACGGCUUAUAGACCAACAAGUUUUCGUUGCAUGAGUAACGUUGCAGCAGCAACCUUAACUUUAAUUAUUUAUGUACUGUGGAGUGCAAUUUCAAAUAUCCAAGAAGUUCGCUCGUAUGUAUUGUAUUUAUAUAUUUA